GCCCCGGGGUGGCUCCGCCUCGCUCCUCCGCGCUCCGCCAUGGCUGCGGCGGUCGCCGGUGCCCUGCUCCUCUGCCUGCUCGGCCUGGCGCUGCCCGGCGCCCGCGCGCUGCACACCAAGGGCUCCGUGCCGCUCGACUCCAUCACCUUCUACAAGGUAAUUCCAAAGCAUAAGUUUGUCCUUGUGAAAUUUGAUACACAGUAUCCAUAUGGUGAGAAACAAGAUGAGUUUAAAAAGCUGGCAGAGAGCUCAGGCUCCAGUGAAGAUCUUCUGGUGGCUGAAGUGGGCAUAUCAGAUUACGGUGAUAAACUGAACACUGAGCUGGGAGAAAAGUACAAGCUGGAUAAGGAAAAAUUCCCUAUUUUUCACUUGUUCCGGGAUGGUGACUUUGACAGUCCCUUACCUUACACCGGCCAUGUCAAGGCUGGAGCUAUUCAGCGCUGGCUGAAAAGUAAUGGCAUCUAUCUGGGAAUGCCAGGCUGCCUGAAAGAGUAUGACAUGCUGGCCAGCAAGUUUGUGAGCACCACUGAGAAAUCAGAACGCCAGUCUCUCCUGAAAAAGGGGCAAGAGAGCUUAGAAAAAACAAAAGAAAUGGAGAGGAAGUCAGCUGAACAAUACUUGAAAAUCAUGAGCAAGAUGCUGGAGCAGGGAGAAGAAUUUGCUGCUAAUGAAGUCGUCCGAAUCACUAAACUGAUCGAGAAGAACAAAAUGAGUGAUGGGAAGAAGGAGGAGCUCCAGAAAAGCCUCAAUAUCCUUGCUUCUUUCCUAAAGAAGAAUAAUGACAAAGAUGAGCUCUAGUGUGUUGGAGAACUUUGUACAAGCUGUGAAACACUGUCAAGAGUCCUAACCAGUUCUCCUUAUGCAAGCAAACUUCCCGCUGACUUCAAGAGAGCAGCAAAUUUCCUUCUGGUAUUCUCAGUUUACAGGAUCAAGAGGAAGACAUUCCCCAAAAACAGUAUUCUAAAUGUUGGAAAAAUCACCUUAAAGCAAGACACCAGUAUUGUGUAAUACUAUUCAAUAACAGUGUUAAAGCAGACAGAAAAAAAAAGCACUAGAUUGGCCUGAAGCACAUUCCUGGUGUUUUUUACAGCUGUUCCUUCGCAAACAAAUAACAAAAUUCAGCCUCACAUUCCAUCUUACAUGUUAUGAAAGGUACAGGUUGGGAACCCCUCGCAUCCCCACCUUUCCCUAUUCUUAGCAUCCCUGGGGUUUAUGGUCUUUAAUCUACCCCUCCUCCUAUCUUUUGUUUUCCCCAUAGGGCCCCUUCUCCAAGUCUUGUUUUUACCUGUUGUUGACUAAGAGACCUGGAGUUUCUUUUCUCUGACAUCUUUAGUGGCUCCUGUCUCUGUUUGGCUUGGGUAUCGGCCAAAUGCAGGCAGGCAUAAUGAAGUCAAGUCCUCCACAUAUCAGAACUUGCCCCUCAUCUUCUGGCCGAAGCAGCUGAAAAGCAAACACUGUCCUGAAAUCCUUUGUGGUACCCUGACAGAUUUGAGCUCUGAGCAAAAGCAGAUGCCCCUUGACGUGCUGUUACACUUAGACUUGCCACUUUAUGCAAAAAAGUGGCUUUUCAGUCACUGAUGAGGUAAAUUUGGGUGGGUUUUCUUAUGGCUGAAGGGCACAUGCGAUGCCUGUGCGUUGUGUCUGUCCUUGACAUCCAACCUUCAUUUCCCAGGUUCACAAUAAGGGAGGAUGAGACGAAUAAGGACAUCUGAAAGUCUCAAGCCAUAGUUAACAUGAACAAAAUAUUGUCUCCAGCGUGGUCUUCAGAAGCAAUUGAUACUGUCAAACAAGCUUCAGCAGCUUUUGGUAAUUUUCAGACAGGGAAAAGAAGCAUUUGUGCUCUUAAAAAUCCUCUCUGCACGAUUUUAAUGGAGAUGUCUGGACCAGGGAUCAGUUCAGUCCUAAAAACUUGAUGCUGUGUGCACUGUUCACACUAUGUGGAAUUCAGAUGGCAUCUGGAAGAUGCUAGGUCAGGGCUAGAAGAGUUGAAAAGAAACACCUGAGCAUUUUACCUUGACUACGCUUUAAGCAAAACUGAUUUCUGUGGGAGCUUUGCUGCCUUUUGAUUCCCAGGGUGGGUAGAAGGAGCAGCUAUUGCUGCACGAUAAAAUGUAUUAAUAAUGCUAUAAUAAAUGGUUCCAAUUAA